UCCCAGAAGCUGAGCAAGGCCAUCGUCCUCCAGAAAACCAUUGACUACAUCCAGUUCCUGCACAAGGAAAAGAAGAAGCAGGAGGAGGAAGUUUCUGUCCUCAGGAAAGACGUGAUGGCCUUGAAGAUUAUGAAAGCGAACUACGAGCAGAUUGUGAAGGCUCAUCAGGACAACCCGAACAAGGGGAAGGAACAGGUCUCCGACGAGGUGAAGUUCAAUGUUUUCCAAAGCAUUAUGGAUUCCCUGUUCCAGUCCUUCAAUGCCUCCAUCUCGGUAACGAGUUUUCAGGAGCUCUCGGCUUGCGUCUUCAGCUGGAUCGAGGAGCACUGCAAGCCCCAGACGCUGCGGGACAUCGUGACCGGGGUCCUGCACCAACUGAAGAGUCAGCUGUACUGA